CGUUGUUAUUCAUCAAAUUUAUCGAGUGUUUGAGGUAGAAUUCUGUCGUAAACAUGCUCGAAAAUCCUAUCUUCCUUUACCGUUUAUAAUCACAUAAACUCAAGAUUGUUCAUAAUACUCAAUGUCUGGCCUGAUAUCGGGUGGUUAUGUGAACAUUUCUGGUUGUGAUCRUCGAUAAACGACUCACGUGUAGUAGCGCAAUGUUCGGCCGUGGACUUGUAAACAAGCUCCCUGUAUUGAUAGUUCUGGUCGUAGUUGGCAUCCUAGAAUUGCAGAUCUUGAAGAUUUCAGAAAUCAAGAACCAGCCGAAGAGCCAAGGACCCAUUCAUGAAGACCAUAAGAAUCCAAUAGAAAGCAAAGACGUCAGAAAUACAGUUAGUGARGAUGACAAGGAUGUGGAUGAGUCUGAAACACUCACAGAAGGAGCCAAACCCAGUGCAAUGGUUGGAUUUGACGAUUAUUCMAUUGACGACAACGCAAUUAUCAUAUACAACAGGGUACCUAAAACAGCCAGUACCAGCUUCAUGGGCGUAGUCUACGAUCUGUGUGAACAGAACUCCUUUCAUUCCAUACAUCUAAAUAUCACCAAGAACCAGCAUGUUUUAUCUGUAGCAGAUCAGCUCAGACUUGCUAACAACAUUACUCGAUGGACAGACAGACUGCCAGCCUUAUACCAUGGUCACGUAGAAUACAUUAAUUUUCGAAAACUUGGCGUUUCUAAACGAAUUUUCUACAUCAAUAUUAUAAGAAAACCAUUAGAUAGAUUGGUGUCUUAUUACUACUUUUUGAGAUUUGGAGAUACGUUUAGACCUUAUAAAAGACGGUCACGACGAGGAGACAAAGAGACGUUUGACGAAUGUGUCCAAGAACAACAUAGAGAUUGUAAACCAGAAAGGCUUUGGCUACAGAUCCCAUUUUUCUGCGGUCACGCACCUCAAUGUCAAUCUCCUGGUAAUAGAUGGGCUCUUGAACAAGCAAAGCGGCACUUGAUUGAAGAUUAUUUGUUAGUCGGGCUGACUGAAGAACUAGCGGAUUUUGUAAUGGUGCUAGAAUCAGUCUUACCAAGAUUCUUUAAAGGAGCUACCAAAGUGUUUCUUGAAGGCAACAAAUCUCACUUACGCAAAACAGCAUCCAAGAAACCCCUGGAAGAAAGCACAAUUCUACAUUUCCAGCAGAACAAAAUAUGGAAAAUGGAAAAUGAGUUUUAUGAAUUCGCCAAAAAAGUUUUUUAUACUGAAAAGAAAAGAACUAUGCUACAGAGGAACAGAGACGUGGUGUCUUCUCCUGUGCAGUUUUUUUACGAAAAAAUUCGGCCCAAAAGUUAGCAGGGUUUAAGGGUUUAUAAAGGACAGUAAAUAUAACUAUUUGUAAAGAAACUAAAUACGACCUUCCAGCGCGAUUCGUAAUUUAGUACUUUCCUAGCGCUUCUCACUAUAAAUUCUUUAUUACUGCUAUUUUCAAAAACAUGAUAGCUGCGAGGUGCACGCUGAAAAUUUUCUUUUCUUUUUUUAUUCUUUGUUUUUCUUUUGUUUUUGUUUUU